AUGGACAGGAGUGAACAACCCAUGGGCUUGGGUGCAGUAGCGCCUGAAGUCAGCUCAGGUGGAAAUAACAAAGGGGACUUAAGUAAUAAGGAAAUCUUGCAGACAUUAAUCUCUUGCAGCCUCAAAAGCUUGAUGCCCAAGCAGGAUAUGGCUAAGUUUGAUGGAGAUUAUACAAAGUACUUUAGGUUCAUCCGCUCAUUCGAUGACAUAUUUAGCAGCCAGUUGACAAAUGAUAAGGAAAGGCUGAGGUAUCUAGAUUUAUACACAACAGGUAGGCCAAAUGAGAUAGUGGCAGCUUGCCUCCACUUAGAUGCUUCAGAGGGCUAUAGGCAAGCGAGAAAAUUGCUGGAGGAGCGAUACGGCAACCUUGAGCAAAUAGCCACCGCAUACGUGGAUAAGGUAAUCAAAUGGAAGGACAUGGGGGAGAAUAAUGCAGAGGACUUUGAUGAGUAUGCGGUGAUGCUAAAAACCUGCAGAAAUGCAAUUUCGUGCGUCCCUUACGGUGUCGCCGAAUUGCAGAACCAAAAAACAAUGAGGUUGAUCCUGAGCAAAUUCCCAUCUAGUGUGCGGGACCGAUGGUGUAGAGUUGCUGACAAGAUAAUUAGUGAGAAGAAGCAGACCAUACAGUUCGAUGAUUUAGUUAGUUUCAUUGAAGGGCAGGCUAGGUUCUUAAAAAAUCCCUUGUUUGGGCGCCACCUGUUCGAGAGUGGUAAAAGGGGGGUCACCCCUGGGUUAGGAGAGGGUUCGGCACCAAGCAAAUCACAGGGUUUAACGAGUGCAAGGAAGGUUUCAUGUAACAAAAUUGGGGAGGCUCCACUUUCAUGUUGGCACUGUAAGGGACCACAUAUAAUAGAUGAAUGCGACCAAAUAGCUAAAAUGGAGCAUGAGGACAAACUAAACACCAUUAAGGAAUUGAGGCUUUGUUUUAGUUGUUUGAGAAAUGGUCAUAUGUCCCAAUAUUGCAGAUACAGAAAAAGGUGCAAUGUGUGUAACAAAAGCCAUCCAACUCUGUUGCACCGACACCAGGAAGCAGAAGUGGUGGAACCAGAGAGCGCAAAUAGGGCCUUAGUGGUUCAGGGGGAAGGUACGCAUGACAAAAUUGCUAUGUUCAGAGCAGUUAAGGGGGGUAGUGCUGGCACAGGGAUGUCAGUUGUGCCCAUAAGGGUUAGGUCAAGGGAAGGAAGGGAGGUUGUGACGAGGGCCUUUUUGGACAAUGGGAGUUCUACAUGCUUUUGUUCAGAGGCAUUAAUGAAGACAUUAGGUUGCACUGAGAUGCAAGAUGUAAAGGUAAAUGUUGAAAACAUUAAUGGAACAGGGGAAAUUGCAUGUAGCCUAGUCUCAGGAGUGUCAGUAUUAGACUAUGAGGGUAAGAAUUGCAUUACACUCCCCCCAGUGUUGAGCACCUCCCACAUACCUAUCGAUGAGUGUGAUGUGAUCAGGGCCGGUGAUCUGGAACGCUGGCCACAUCUGCGAGAAAUAGAUAUCCCAGAUGUGGAUGCCGAAGUGGGAUUACUGAUUGGGAACAAUGUUCCUCACUUACUUGAGCCGAGGGAAGUCAUUAACUCAACCCACCUCCAUGAGCCACAUGCCAUACGAACAUUAUUGGGCUGGGCAGUCUGUGGGGCAAAGGACAAGAGGUGUCAAGAGCACAUCAAUAGGAUCCAAGUAACAAGCAGGCAUUUGGAGUUGGACCGCAUGCUGGUGGAAGAUUAUAAUAGAGACUUCCAGGACAUGGCAUCUCCUAAAAGGGAAAUGUCCGCAGAAGAUAAGAAAUGGCUAGAUCUAAUUCAAAAGGGGGUUAGAACUGUAGAGGGGGGUUUAUGA